AUGGAUUACGAUUAUUUUCUCUCAGAAGUAUCAAAAGCGAGACAGCCGUCUCCCAUACGUGCCCUAGUCCCUCUUGUCAAGACGCCUGGAAUGAUUUCUCUCGGGGCCGGCAAUCCCAACCCCACUUCAUUUCCGUUCAAGAGUAUGACAGUUACAUUAAACGACGGCCAGAAUUACACGAUUGCCGAAGACGACAUGGCUGAUGCAUUGCAAUAUGGUCCAACACCAGGAUUACCAGCGCUUCGAGAAUGGCUGCACAAUUUUCAGAAUACGAUCCAUGAACCACCCGCAAAAAGUUUCGAUCUCUGUGUAGGCACAGGCAGUCAAGAUUUACUAGCAAAGACACUGGAGGCGCUUAUAAGUCCGGGUGAUUACGUAUUGAUUGAAAAUCCUACGUACACAGGAACGCUGGCUUUCUUGAGAUCCCAACCGUGUAAUCUAGUUGAGGUGGAGACGGACGAUCAAGGACUAGUCCCAGAUUCCCUGUACUCUAUUCUCGAUAACUGGGACCACACGCAGCGCUUUCCAAAGAUUCUUUAUACAGUUCCCGUUGGGGGAAAUCCAACCGGCAUUUCUACGACGUUUGAACGGAAACAACAGAUAUACGCCUAUGCUCAGAAGUUCAACAUUCUCAUCCUCGAGGAUGAUCCAUAUUACUAUCUUCAAUUCAAUUCACCGAGAAUCAAGAGCUACUUGUCCAUGGACACGGAUGGUAGAGUUGUCAGGUUCGAUUCCAUGUCGAAACUCUUAUCGGCGGGCAUUCGUAUCGGCUGGGCGACAGGGCCGGCACCCAUUAUCGACAGGAUUAAUAUGCAUACUCAGGCGACGAAUCUUCACCCGUCCAGUCUGGCUCAGAUGGUCAUAUAUAAACUGCUGGAACAAUGGGGCGUUGACCAGUUUUUGAAACAUGCCGAUAGUGUGGCUAGUUUGUAUAAGGGAAAACGAGACAAUUUUCUCGCGUGUGCUGACAAACAUUUGGCGGGAACUUGUGCUCAGUGGGUAGUGCCAAGUGCCGGGAUGUUUGUAUGGAUUAAACUUGACGGUAUCGAUGACACAAAGGAUCUUAUUCAUAACAAAGCUCUGGAAAAGAAGGUGUUGGCUAUACCCGGAGAGUUUACGGGAUGGCCCGUUGCAAGCGAAGCCGCUAGACUAUAUGAUGACCAUUUCAUUAAGGCGACAUCG